AUGGCUCGACUGGCGCGAUACAUCAUAUGCAUCGUCUCUCUUGUGUUGGCCACGACCAUCCCCAAUGUUUGCGCAGCACCUACACGAGAUGACAACACGCCGAAUUGGGGACCAGGCCCUACAAACGAAACAGCUGUCUGGAACAAUGAAGCAAUUCACAGCCAAUUCGCGCCGGCCCCGGAGAACGAUACCAGCUCCAGCUGCCCCAAUCUGGCCGGCCUCACGCCCUUCCAAAUUUCAGCUUGGGACCAGGACACAGACAAAAAGUUCUGGAUCGGGACCGGCGAACCGGGCCGCACGACCAUGUCAUCGGGCGCGUUCAAUUUUCGACUCAUGAGGAAUUAUAGAAAUCAAAACCACAGGUGGACAUACUCCAACAAUUUCUUUCAACGCAACAACUCGCUCCUCUACUGCUACCGAAGGUACACAUAUAUCGCUGUCGCCGCCGGUGAUGCUUACUUCGAUAAGAGCAUCUACUUGUUUGAAGAAAGCUUGACCUCCAGUUCUGGAGAGCCAUUACAGAACUGGAGACCAAUUCAUGUGGAGCAGAGGCAGGACAACAAGAUUGUGCUUUCGUUGCCAGCGUCUAAUCGGACGAUACCCUGCUGGUCUGAGGUCUCGUCGCAUGAAUCUUUCGAUCAGUUGAAAUUCCGCGCGGACAAGCCGAAGAAGGGCAAGAAGAAGUGCCAUGGGAUCAGAGAACUGACGAAGGUGCCCCGUGCAUAG